AUGCGAGCUUUCGAUGUCAUCUCAACAACUAGGGGCGAUGCUACUUGGCGGGAGAGCUUGACAAAGUUCCAUGCCUUUGCGCUCAUUGAAUGGACCCGAGUGCUCGCCUUCGAUUCAGAUUCACUCGUCCUCAACAAAAUGGAUCACUACUUCCUCAGCCCGGCAGCCCCCGUCGCCGUCCCAAGGGCAUACUGGCUCAACGAGAGAAGCACCGACAUCGCCAAACAGGUCCUCGGAUCGCACGUCAUGCUCAUCGAACCGAACGAAGGACGCUACAAGAAGAUUAUGGACGAGGCUCUGCGAUCUGGAGACUUCGACAUGGAGGUUGUCAAUCACAUGUUCAAGGACUCAGCCAUGAUUUUUCCCCAUCGACGUCUCGCUUUGUUGACUGGCGAGUUUCGCGCCAAGGACCAUACGAAGUAUUUGGCACCGGAAGAAGACGAGGAGUGA